AUGGGAGACGAAGGGAGAGCUAAUCCGCAGCAGGGGGAAGAAGAAGGAGCAGACAAAACGAAGCAGAAGGUAACCGUCGACGUGCUAAACCUUGCAGUGACUUCCUUUAUAGUCCGAGCACUCACCACAGCAUACACGAUUAUAUGGUCAAGACUGAUAAGUAGUUACAAAUCGAGCAAUGACCUAUUGUGCGAUGAAGAAAAGUGGAGUUUGUGGAGUUACGUAAAAUGUUUUUCCUCCUGGGAUGGAGAAUAUUUUUUACGGUUAUCAUUAAACGAGGCAGAAUACCUAUACGAGCAGAACCAUGCGUUUUUUCCUGCACUUCCUUUAGUUGUAGGUUACUUAAAAAGACUCAUGGGGGGGGUGCUCCCCCAAAUUAGUGCCUGUUCUAUGCACGUGCUAAUAGCUAUAAUUGCUAAUAAUUUUUUUUUUAUUUUUUCCGUGAUUGGGUUGUACUUAUUCGUGUUUACAUCGCUCGGUAGGGCGAAGGCACAUAUUCGUAUGUUUUCCGAAAAGCAAAGUACAAAGAAGAGGGACGACUACAUGGGUAAUGUUAAAAGUGUAGAGGACUGCCGCCGCCUCAGCUUCAUGGCUGCACUUCUAUUCACCUUUAAUAUAGGGAGCAUACAUAUGAGCAGUUUUUAUAGCGAAGGUUUUUUUACCUGUCUAUCCAUUUGGGGAUUCACCUUUUUACAGUGGUCUUUAAAUAUCAGAAAUGGGAGCUUUACUUUGGAAUUGUUAGGCGUUUUGUCUUUUUCGAUUGCAUCCUUUUUCAGAUCCAACGGAAUUUUAUUUUUAAUACCUCUUUUCGUGCACACCCUGAGAACAUGUACAUUCUGUAUGCAUUGUGCAGGGGUGUUAUCUCUCCGGCUGGAACCACACAAAACAUACCGAGCGCAGAUAUUAAGUCACUUCACAGGGAGAAGAAUCUUCUUGCAGUUUGUACUCCACUGGGCAAAGGCGCUCCUGGAAGCUGCACUCGUGGUAUUACCACUUCUCACCUUUCAAGCCUACGCCUACUACUUGUAUUGCGUGGAGAAAUAUGAUAACCUGUGGAGAGAGGAACAUAAGAAUUUUCUGAAUUUCUCCUUAUCUCUUUGGGCAAACCCUCUUGAGUAUGCAAGCACGUUUAUCUACACCUAUAGGAAGGAUGAACUCAUACGUAGACCAUGGUGUGAUAAAACCAUUCCAUUUAUUUACAGUUAUAUUCAGAAUAAGUAUUGGGGUGUUCAGUUUUUAAAACUGCUUCGAUCACCCAAUGGAAAUGUGUUGUAUGCAUUGCCUGUUUAUUUGAUGUCCUUCCAUGCAGUGUAUCACUUUUUCCGCAAUCGGAUCUUCCCUCAGGGUGGGAUUUCCUUGCUCUUUACCCCGUUCCUCGGGGAGGUCCUCCACCUGGGCGUUUUGUGUCUUUACCUGCUAAUUUUUGCCCACGGGGAGAUAAUCCUGCGGCUCAUUGCAAGCUCUCCUUUUUUUUACAUCCACUACGCCUACCACCUCAAGUAUUCAGAUAAGUGGAACUUGAUCCUACUGGUUAAUUUGGUCUAUUUUUUUGUUGGGCCUCCCCUGUUUGGCACGUACAUCGCGUGGACCUAG